AUGAGCACUCCACCGGACCAGGCUGUCGGGUCGUCGCCAGACCUCGACCCACGCUCGUACCAUGAGCAUUAUCUUGGCUUGCAAACUGGCUCCUACACGGACAAUCAACUGCGUCAUGCUUCUGCGAAUCAUCUGCAUAUGACAAACCGGCGGUUCUUUGUCGGUCCGAUUCCAGAGGGUUGGUUGCAGGGUCACCGCAAGUCCUGGUAUAGGUCUCGACUAAGACUGAGGAACUACACAUCCCAGGCCAUCUCAUUCUCGGCAGGCCCCGUUGCGACCCAUUACAGCGAGCAAGAUAAUCAGCCCGAGCCCUUAUUGCCAGAUUUGGAUGAGGAGGUAGCCUUGACACUCACCAAUACAGACAAUGCCGAACCCGAAGAUGUCGAUUUCGAGGUUCAAGAAGAGCAGCAACUAGAAAACUCUGCAUCUGAGCCAGUGGGCGAACUGAGGACUCUCACUCAUCCCGAAGCCGAGAUUGAUACCGAUGCCACUGGCGACGAUCCAUUGCCAGAAGAGCACACGGAGGCCACAGAAGAUAGUUGGGAAGAUGGCGAGGACGAAGAGGAUAGUGGAGAGGACACAGACAGCACCCCCAAGGCGAGGCCAAGGAGACAAGAUGAUGUCUAUGACAAUGACCUCGCUUCGUCUUCCUUUGUCACGGCUAGAGAAGACAUUUCUAGCUCUGCAGAUACCGGACAAUCAGUGGCCACCAUAAGAGCCAACAGAUUGGAGCUGCCUGACGAGCGCCCAAAGUCCCAGAACUCACGCCAUACAAAUGUGACAGGCGACGCCUCUCACAACCCACUGACUCCCAAGCCCUCUGAGGGUCCCAGCGAGGCUGAUUCGACCACACAACUGUUGCGAACUCGUUACAAGGACAAAGGCAAACAAAGAAGCAAAGCAUCUGGUGUCUCUCGGGCGACUCUUCAACACCAUGAACCCCAAGAUGAAGAUGAAGAUGGCACAGGAGACCCACAAAUACAACGGAGGCUCACUAGGAAGAUGGCAAAGCUCAACCUGGAUGAUAAUAUUAAACACAAGCAGCAACGAUUACGCACCCGGAUUGCGAAGACCCAGGGUACCAUCUCUGCCAACCGGCCACGCCGGCGGAAAGUGCAAGAUGGAGAGAUUGUCAAAGCAGAGAAGAUGCUAGUCUGUGUCGAGGAGACUAUGCAGAGUACACUCCCGGCCGACUAUAAUGAAAAUGACAGUCUUCGCAUGGAGACACGGACCGUGGAUAAAUGGAGAGAAUUUCUCGUCGUCUGCCGCAAAAGCUCGGCGGAGCAUACACCAUUCGCCAUCCAGAUGUAUCGUACACGUGUGAUUCCCGAUGUGCAACGCCCAAACAGCAGAACACCCCCUUAUUACGAAGUGCGGCUCAACCACAAGACUACGCAUGUCAACCUGUAUUCGCCUCUGGACAAGACUAUUGUGAUUUGGUAUCCUCGAAGACGUGGGACUAAGAUCUUCAUUCUCCGCCCAAAGUCUGCAGCUCAUUCUGCGGAAUGGUAUACUUUUAUUCGGCAAGUUCUAGGAUGGCGGCGCCCGACCACACUGCCAAUCCACGUACCCGACCUCGGCGUUUCGCUCGUCUUCAAAAACCCUUUCAGUCGGCGCGAGGCAGACCUGAAAGCGGAUAGCUCCGAUAGCGACCAAAUGGCUGCAGCAGCCGAUCGCCAAGAGGCGGAUGUCAGGUUUGCUGCUGCAAACAUCAUUCGGGGCUGUAUGGAAAUGUUGGAAGGUCGUGCCGAGUGGGCUGAGGUCCUCAAGGCAUGGUCUAAGACUGAGAAAAUGGGUCUUGCAUGGAAAAGAUACGACCGACUUGAAUGGGUUUUUGGAGUCAACGAAGAAAAGAUGUACGGGACUAUUGCAAUGCAGUCAUCCCACGAGCUUGAGCUGCGGCCAAGACAUCACUAUUCUACUGCCAUUCGCCAUCGCGGUGGUAAAGAAGAGGAACCUGAACCUAUCGAGGGAUUCUUGGUCCGUUUAACAUCUCAAAGGGGUGCACACCAACGGAUGAACAGAAUGUUCUUCAAGCGACUGUACUUCUUCAGUCAAGAUCACCACUUGUUCUUCUGCCGACCAGCCAAGGCACUGCCACCAGCACCACCAAAAUGUGCCCCGAGAUUAGAUGAAAGUGUGCCAUCUGCUCGCGAAAUCUUGGAUGCUAUGCCGCUAUCCUGGGAUGUCAAUCCGUAUCCUUUGCAAGAUGGCAGCAUAGCGUGGCUCUCCAACGGAAACAAGGAUUUUGUUAAAAGGCACGACGAAGAUGCUUAUGCGCAUGUACAAAGGAAUGUGCACAACAUCAGUAAUGCGGACGGGUACAUUGAUUUGUGCCGGGUGCAAGAGGUCCGCAACAUCCAUCGCGGCAGCUCCCCCGCCGAUCCCAACAUCCAGGAAGGUCCUUCUGUGGACUUCGAUCGCGAGCCCCGAGACUCACGUCAAGAAGACGGAGCGACACAGGAUCUCGAUGAUGAUCGCACAUUCAAAAUGGCCCUAGACAAUGGUCUCGUCAUCCGACUUCAGGCCUAUGAUGCCACCACAAGGGACGAGUGGGUCAAAAGACUGAGUGCAUUGGUCACUUACUGGCGUACACGCUGUGCGGAUGAUGCCAAAGAGCACCGGCUGCUGCGACAGCGCAAUCUCAAGCUGCUGGACAUCGAUGAAGCGAUGGAAUCUAUUGUCGGGCAGUUUGCAAAGAAAUGGGAAGUGACGAAGGCCGAGGCUUCGCCACACCUGCACAACAUGUGCUCGUUGGCGGGCUGUCGAACAAUCAAGGUAAUGAACCCAAGAACAGUCAUUUUGAGACACACUAUACUAACAACACGCUAUAGAUGUCUGGUGAUUUGUUCCGCAAGCCCCGUCGACACGCCACAUUUAAGCAGUGCCACCUGA